AUGUCAUUCUUUUCGUUUUUUGAAUCUAUUUCAACCAUAUCUUCAACUGUGUUAAAACAUUUUACCGAAGGUCCACCUAAAAAAUCAUGGGAUCUAAAAUUUCAUUUAACAAUGGCAAUGAUUAUUAAAGGCAAUGAUCGUUUGUCAAAAACGCCUAUUGAACAGAUUCAGAAGGAAUAUGGCAAACAUACUGUUAAAAUUCCUCCUAAUAUAACUAUAAAAGAUGUUAUAUUAGAUGAAGAAUAUAGACAAAAAAGUAAAACACAUUUAGAAAAGAUUUUGAAACAAUAUGAUGAUGUGUUAGAUGAUAGAUGGAAAGAUUCAAACGAUAAUGAAUUACAUGGGGAAUGGAU